GUGGCAUCGGCAUCAUGGCCUCUUGGAAGAGAUACGGGAGUCGGAUGAGAGAGGCGAAAAUGUUCAUGUUGAUGCUGCUGGUGUGGCUGCUGCUAGUGCUGGAUGCAGUGAAGGUGUCUCCUCUCAUAGAGAAGGUCAGCGACCAUAAAGACUUCAAGAAGCUGCUCAGGACAAGAACUAAUGUUCUAGUGCUCUAUACAAAGACAGCUACAUCAGGGGACUCUCACCUGAAGCUCCUUUCUGAUGUGGCCCAGACAGUGAAGGGCCAAGGGACUAUCGCCUGGGUCAACUGUGGAGAUUCAGAGGGUCGUAAACUCUGUAAGAAAGUGAAGGUAGAUCCAAGCUCCAAAAGCGGAGGAUCCGAGUUGCUGCAUUAUAAAGAUGGGACAUUCCACACAGAGUACAAUAGACCCACUACCUUCAAGUCCAUGGUAGCAUUCCUAAAAGACCCAUCAGGGCCUCCUCUGUGGGAGGAAAACCCCGAAGCAAAAGACGUCAUCCACAUAGAGGCAGAAAAAGACUUCAGGAAGCUGCUGAAGAAAGAGGAGAGGCCGGUCCUCAUGAUGUUCUACGCUCCCUGGUGCGGCGUUUGUAAGAGAAUGCAGCCCAUCUUUCAGCAAGCGGCCACAGAGACCAAAGGAAGAUACGUGCUGGCGGGGAUGAACGUGCACCCAGCUGAGUUUGAUGGUCUCAAGCAGGAGUACAAUGUCAAAGGCUACCCAACCUUCUGCUACUUUGAGAAAGGAAAGUUCCUCCACCACUAUGAAAACUAUGGAGCCACAGCUAAAGAUAUCGCAGACUGGUUGAGGAAUCCACAGCCCCCCCAGCCGAAGACCCCUGAGGUGCCGUGGUCGGAGACAGACUCGCCGGUUUUUCACCUGACAGACGAGACCUUCGACAGCUUUCUGGAAGAACACCCCGCCGCCCUGGUCAUGUUCUAUGCCCCCUGGUGUGGCCACUGUAAAAAGAUGAAGCCUGAGUACGAUGAAGCUGCUGAAAUACUGAAUAAAGGCGCUGACAGUCCAGGUGUACUAGCAGCAGUUGACGCCACAGUGCACAAAGUGGUUGGGGAUCGCUUCAAGAUCUCAGGCUUCCCCACUGUUAAGUAUUUUAAGAAAGGCGAGGAGAAGUACACGCUGCCACACCUCCGAAGCAAAGACAAGAUCAUCGAGUUUAUGCACAAUCCCCAGGCCCCCCCUCCGCCAGAGCAGUCUUGGGAAGACAAACCUUCCAGUGUCAGCCAUCUUGGAUCAGAAGAUUUCCGAGAGGCAUUGAAGAAGAAGAAACAUGCUCUGGUCAUGUUCUAUGCCCCCUGGUGUCCUCACUGUAAAAAUGCUGUCCCACACUUCACCACUGCAGCAGAGCUCUUCAAAGAAGACCGCAAGAUUGUGUACGCAGCUGUGGACUGUACAAAAGGACAAAAUCACGAUCUCUGUAAACAAGAAGGAGUGGAGGGCUACCCAACCUUCAACUACUACAACUAUGGCAAGUUCAUGGAAAAAUACAACGGGGAUCGUGGGGAGGCAGGCUUCACAGGUUUCAUGCGCAGCCUACGAGGACGUGACCAGGAAAAGGUCGUCAAGAGGAAGGAGGAGCUCUGAGGGCGGCGCGAGGGGAGGGGGGUGUUGCACUGCACAGUUUGUCAUUGCACUGUGACCCUUGACCCUAACAAGGGCCCUAUCAGCACUGACGGGGAAGACUUGAUGACCUCAGCUAAAGGCUAUUUUUUUAUACCAUGGUUCUGACGUUUGUAAUAAUACCAACAGAGUACCUGCAGACGGACUGACCACUUGAGACUGUUUUUUUUCAUGGAGAUUCUGAUGGGCAAAAAAUACACAAAGAAAAAAGGUUUCUGUUAUUUUUUUUUUCCAAACACUGUGACUGCGUAUGUGAAAAGCUACACCCUAUACUGUAUCUAUGCAAUACUGACCCCUGCUUAGCUCCGUAGGGGUCUCAGUGACUGACUGGCACCUAUAGUUGUGGGUUAUGGUGGCGGUUGUGGGCAUCAUGAGUUUUAGAGGUCGAGGCUGUGGUGGGGUCCCAAUCCAGUCAGCCCUAUCUAUCCUGCUCCAUCUCCAUGGAGACAAAUGCUGAUUAUCAACAUGCAUCUAUUAGUUCCACUAUUUUUCUACAGAACCCUUAUGUUCAGAACCAUCCACAGUAUCACUUUGGUACCUUCACAGAUCAGUUAAAAAGGCACUGAUUCUAAAGCUGGGUCCACACUUAAUGAUGGUCAGGAGUGGGAUUUGGAUGAGGUAUCUAAUUAGAUCCAGUUGGACAGAGUCUGCUCUAAUCAGGUCCACUUGGUUCUAACAGACAGAUCAAAUCAUGUAGUGUAUGAUGUGUAAAGAUGAUGGUCUUAAAGGUUUACAGUGUAAGACUUAGGAGGAUAGAAUGACAAAUGUGGACUAUAAUAUUCAUAAUUAAGUUUUGAUUAGAGUAGAAUCACCUGAAAAUUUAAAAAAAAAAAAUAAUAAUUCUUCCAUGACCUGAGAAUAAGCCCUUUACACCCACAGAGGGAGCAGGUCACCUCCAGUUCACCGAGUUGUUCUGCCAAGUUUCUACAGUAGCACAGAAUAGAUAUCUACUUCUUCACCUACCUUCUGUUUCAAAGUGACAUCCAGGGCUAAGGUGCAUUUACUAUAUUUGAGUUAAUACCCGCUUAAAGUAAAAAGUCCAGAACAUACAAAAAGAACAGUGGCUUUAAUUAGCUUUUUUUUCAGGUUUUUAAGAUUAGAUGUUCUGCACUGCUAAAUACUACUAAAGUUACACCAUCAACCUGUAAAGCCCAGUCCAGACCAAAAAAGAUGACCCACUUUGAAAACAUGCCAGUUCACACUGUUUCAUGAGACAGCUCUCUUUCCUUCUAAUUGGCCAGCUUUUCAGUUUUUUAUUUUUUGUAAUUAGGUUCUAAUUUGCAGUAAAUGAGUGUUUACAGUGAUGGCAAGAGACUUGUAGUUGUUGCAUUUAUUGAGUUAAUGA